GUUUCGUCGUUCCAUCUCAUCACAAUCUGCAACUGCAAACAGCAGCCUCUCUUUUCUCUGCUUCCUACGCCAUGGCUUCGUCCUCUGCUCGUCCGGUCGUUGCUGCCGUGCUCCUGCUGUGCCUGCUGUGCGGCGGCAGCGCGUGGCUGCAGGCGGCGGCGGAGGCUCGCCCGCCGCACCACAUGGACAGCGACAGCGACGACUUCUUCUCCAUCGUUGGGUACUCGCCGGAGGACCUGGUUCACCACGACCGCCUCAUCAAGCUGUUCGAGGAGUGGGUGGCCAAGUACCGCAAGGCGUACGCGAGCUUCGAGGAGAAGCUCCACCGCUUCGAGGUGUUCAAGGACAACCUGCACCACAUCGACGAGGCCAACAAGAAGGUCACCACCUACUGGCUCGGCCUCAACGCCUUCGCCGACCUCACCCACGACGAGUUCAAGGCCACCUACCUCGGCCUCCGACAGCCGGAGACGAAGAAGACGACAGACAGUCGUUUCAGGUACGGUGGCGUGGCCGACGACGAUGUGCCGGCGUCGGUGGACUGGCGGAAGAAAGGCGCGGUGACGGACGUGAAGAACCAGGGGCAGUGCGGCAGCUGCUGGGCCUUCUCAACGGUGGCCGCCGUGGAGGGGAUCAACCAGAUCGUGACGGGCAACCUCACGUCGCUGUCGGAGCAGGAGCUGGUGGACUGCAGCACCGACGGGAACAACGGAUGCAACGGCGGCGUCAUGGACAAUGCCUUCUCCUACAUCGCCUCCAGCGGCGGGCUCCGCACCGAGGAGGCCUACCCGUACCUCAUGGAGGAAGGCGACUGCGACGACAAGGCACGCGACGGCGAGCAGGUCGUCACCAUCUCCGGGUACGAGGACGUGCCGGCGAACGAUGAGCAGGCGUUGGUUAAGGCCCUCGCUCACCAGCCCCUCAGCGUCGCCAUCGAGGCGUCCGGCAGGCACUUCCAGUUCUACAGCGGGGGCGUGUUCAAUGGGCCGUGCGGGUCGGAGCUGGACCAUGGAGUGGCGGCGGUGGGGUAUGGCAGCAGCAAGGGGCAGGACUACAUCAUCGUGAAGAACUCGUGGGGAAGCCAUUGGGGGGAGAAGGGCUACAUCCGCAUGAAGAGGGGCACCGGCAAGCCGGAGGGUCUCUGCGGCAUCAACAAGAUGGCGUCCUACCCAACCAAGGAUCAGUAGUAGUCAUCUCUACAGAUCGAUGGCACGCAUGCCUGCCAAUGGCCAUGGAUGGUGGAUGGAUCAUUCAUAUAUAUCUCAUCAGACUGUUUCGAUUUCGAUCGUUUCCUCUCUUUUUUUCUGAAUGUUUUUUACAGUAUAUGAUUAUUAAGUAUUUCUCAAUCGGCAUGGACCGAUAUAUCGAGGAAGAACGACAAACAUGCAUGCACUCAAGCAGAGCUUUGUUUGUUUGUGUUUCAGCUUCAUUUGGUGCGUUGAAUUGAUGGAUGGAAUAAAGUGGUUUUUGUCUUGCAGCGUAAAUA